AUGGCUGCACCCAUUAUCGGAGGCAAGGGCCAUCUCCACAGAGAUGGCGCUAGAGGGGAUGUCAUGCCCAAACUCAAUGGAAUAAUAGAGAAGACUGACGCCCUUUGCAUAGGUGAUGCUAAUCACGUGCCAGCAGGCAACACCAAAUGUGCUCCAAAAGGCACCACCAAAUGCACUCCAAAAGGUGGCGCUAAGGCUUCUUGGGACCAGGAUGAUGCCAAGUUAGUUGGACCUGGUGAUGGCAUGGAGAACAUGGACAACAAUGGCCUGGCCAGCCCCUUGGGCAUGCUGGGCGGCGCCAAAGAGGGCCAGCAAGGGGCGCUCAUGGC